GCGUGGCGUGAAUCGAACCGCGGUAUAAUGUGCGACGAAUUCGUCGUUAUAUGUCGGAUAUUUUAAUUGUUAUGUUUAAUUUAAAUGCAACUAUUUUGUAAUUAAUACGAUAUAUUUCGUUUUGAGACAUGAGUAAGAAUCAUAAACGUUUAAAACGCCUAAAAUUGGAAAAGGCGAAAGUGAAAUUAAAAGCAAAGACCGUCCAUCAAUUGACAAAGGGUUCGAAUGCUACAGAUACGUCGUUUAAAGUAAAAAAAAUAUUAAUUCGUGAACAACUAAAGCAACGAGAUGAAACGGAAGUUCUUAGCACUCGCAAAUUAAAUAUCGACGAUUUAUUAACACGUUUUCGACAUCACAAUUCAACCGUGAGACAAGAUGCUUUGAAACAAUUAAAAGACAUGCUGUUGCAAAAUCCUCCAAAAUCUUUACAUUCACGAUUGAAUUCUCUGUUACAUGGUAUUGCAGCUUUAUCUCUUGAUAAAGAAAAAGAAAUACGCACAAAUUCAUUUCAUGCGCUUAAUUUUAUUCUUGGCCUUAUCUCGAAUGAACAGUUGACACCUUUGUGUGAAAUUAUAAUAUCGUAUCUGAGCUGUGCUAUGACACAUAUUGAUCCACGUGUGAAAGAAGAUUCUCUACUUUUCUUAGACGUGCUUGUACAAAAUUGUAGUAGUGCAUUGGCGAAGGAUAGUCAUAAAAUAUUACCUAAUUUUUUGGGUAUGAUAUGCAGGUUACAUAAUGAAGGUAGUCCUGCGGCACAAUUAAUAACAACGCUACAUUCCAAAAGCACUAAUGUAAAAUGGAGAAUUAAAGUUCUGGAACGUUUAGCUAAUUUAUUUACCUCUAUUGUUAACUACAGGAAACUUUGUAUAGUCUAUAACGAUAGUGCGACUCAAUUUUGCAAAAUUAAUCUCGACGAAGAUAUGAUCUCGAUAGAUAAUCUUGAGAAAGAAACCUUACCUAUAGAAGAAUUCGUAAAGUAUGUAGAUUUAUUGAUGCCACUAAUGUCUGAUAUUUGGCUCGAAGUAUGUCCAGAUGCGAAAGUUGAGAGUUACACAGAGAUUACAAUUUUGAGCGAAACAGCUGCAUUAUUGAAAAAUGUCAUUGUAAUUAUGCAAUCGAUUGUGGAAUACAUUGAUACGUUGGAUCAGGAUGAUUAUAGCGUCAAACGUAUGAAGCGUUGGUUUAAAGAUACGUUUCAUAAUGCAUAUAUGAAAAAUUUCCUAUCAAGGUUUCCUUAUGGUAAAGUAAAGCCUCUUAUUAAUGAAUCCAGAAAACGUCAAAAAGAUUUUUCUCAAAUGAAAUUUACGGAAGGAUGUUUGGAACAAAAUUUAGGACUUUGUCAAAUUCACGUAUGGUUUACAUCUCUGUUUAACUGCAACGAACAAUUUCCCAAGUCUGUCAGGAGCUAUUGCGUAUCCAUUCUCAAGUAUUUAAAUGGUAUUAUUGAAAAUUGGUACGACUCGUCGACUUUACCUCAACUAACUAAGCUACUAAAAACUUUAUUUUUGAAAGCUGGACCAGUUUGGUAUAGCAACUAUAUUAAUUUGAAUCAUACUUUAAGACUGAUUAUUGAAGCAUCUUCUCGUUUGCCUAAGAAAGAAUUACAAUCGCAUUUGUAUUUAAUUAUUGGUGACAUUAUGUUGAACAGCAAUUUAAAUGAGUUGCACGGAGAAAAAAUAUUUGAAAGCUUUGUUACGAUCUUACCAAGUUUACUCCUGAAACCGAGCAUAGAUGACGUCGUAAUUCGUAUGAUUGGUCAAAUAGUUUUACGUUUUAAGGAAUGGAUCCAGGAAGAAUUAAUAGCUAAACACGAGCCUAUUAUCGAAAAUGUUAAGGAGAUCGACAUUGUGGGUACA